GAGGAUUCAAACAAGUUUUACAUGAAAUCAAAAACAAGAGAAUAUCUUAAAAACUAAACUAUCAGCAAAUAUGACGGAAACGUGGAAGCAAAAAUCGAGUUUGCCAUCACUUGAAAGCGAUAGGCUUUCAAUAUCGGAACCUAAUUUAAUAGAUAAUCGAAAACGUCUCGAUCGAUUUUUAAUAAAACAUCCUCACGAAUAUAUAUCGGUUGAUGAUCUAAAGUUUUACCGCCGCCACAAGCCGUCGGAUUUCCUCACCAAAUCUCACAUUUGCCUUAGCCUCAGCAAUGAGACAUCCGCGCUUCCUUUUUGCUGCCUAAGAUCCGAGUAUAGAAAGCAUUUUUUAACUUGGAAUCUGAAUAACAAAGCACUGCCUUUAAGACGUGCCACUUCACUAAAGCUGGCUGGUUUAAUGCCUUUUAAUCGGUCUGAGCAUCAAGACUGUUAUUUAUGGUAUACACCGGAAGAUUGGAAGAGUUGCCGCACAUUUCCUAUACGAAAACCAGAAAGUUUGCGUUUAACUGGCUUGAUGGAUACGGAACCAGAGUAUCGUUCGUCAUUCAUCACUCCUCCCAGGGUAGGUCGUUCUAUGAAAAUCUUGCCACGUGAAAUGUUUCGGAUACAUUCACCACCUAAAGAAAACCCAGUGAUAUCUACUAACACUACUCCCCUUGAAGAUGCAGAAUCUACGCAAGUAUUAAAGCAGAACCGAAUAAUAAGAGAGAAAGCCGCUGAAGAGCACAUAAACAAAUCGCAUUUACAAGAAAGAUCCUUCAUGGAUGACCAUCGCGAUUCCAUGCCCUCAGAAUACAAAAGGCAAUUUGUACAGUUUCCCAUCGAGAAGGCUCAUUCAAUACCCCAAAUAACGCACAUUAAGAUACAGGGCCAUUUUCAGGGGGUCCCUGAAUAUCAAGAUUGUUUUAAAAUGUACAGCAAUUAUGAGAAACCGGCUGCUCUCAAAAAAGCUGAUAAUUUAGUGAUCUCAGGAUCGGAAGUGCACUUGAAAACAGAAAAUUCCCAAACCCUACCUGAGUAUCAGGAAAAAUUUCAUCAGCCACCUAAAGAAAUGAGUAAAGAGAAACCGUUAAAGACUCAAGAUCAUUUGCUUGUUGCUGGCGAAUUUAGCAAAGAUGUGCCGGAAUAUUAUGAAAGCUUUCAAGACCCACAAAUCAAACAAAUGCCCGAACGUGGCAGGUGUCGUGAACCGUAUUUGCAUCUGAGAGGUAAAAUUGAAUUUAAUCCUGAGUAUCGCAACACCUAUUUAGAUUUUCCGCGUUCAAGGCCGAUAGUACCCAAACCGAAAUCCACUUUUCGUUUGCCCACCACUAAUGUGCAUAUAUCCCCUAAGAGCUAUAGUGACAAACAAUUACAAAAAACGCCACCUAUGCUUACAAAAGCGAAUGAUUGCGAAUCGAAUUCGAACGGUCCAAGUAUUACAGAGCUCGGUGCACCGGAAAUAACAAAAACUCCUGAAUAUCGACGAGCUUCUUACAAUUAUCAAUUACGGGAAAGAUCGCCCAUACAAAAGACUGUUUUGACAACAAGUAAAGAGAGUAAAACUUUUAAAAAUCCAAAGACAACGAGCGCAUCAGCUAUAGCUUUAACUCAAAUAAAAACCACUGCCCCAAAUCUUAAAGAUAGGUCAUCCCACCAGCCAAAAUACAGCAACCCGUCAUUAUUAGACACUCGAACUACUUUAGAGAAUUUGGCUUCAACGAAACUCCACAAAACUCCAAAAUUUGGGAGAAGAGCUUCGGCUUUGCGAAAUGCGGAUAAUUGCCGAGAGAAAACAUCGAUAAUUGAAGGAAACCCUAAGUAUAAUCCAACACAACGUCGAGACAUUGGAUUAAACGCGGAAAAAAUGCACGACUCCUUUCUAGUACUGGAGAAUAAGUCGAACAAACAUUCGCUUUGGGGUUGA